AUGUCUCUGCAACUGUUGAGCUGGAAUAUUAAUGGUUGCAAUAUCCCGGAGAAAAGGAAGAAAAUUUUUCAUAUAUUAAAAAAAGAACAAUUGGACAUUAUUUGCUUACAAGAAACACAUGUGACGAGGCUCCACAGAAAAGUGUUAAUAAAUAAAAGAUUGGGCCAGGAAUUUAUUUCGUCGGAUAAAGUGAAGAAGAGAGGAGUGGUGAUAUAUGCAAAAGAGAGCCUGUCACCUAAAUUUCUAUUUAAAGAUGAACAUGGAAGGAUUUUGGCUAUUGAGAUACAAUAUCAAGGAGAGAAAUUGCUGAUAUUAGGAAUCUAUGCGCCUAAUGAAGGGAAAUCGGAAUUUUACAAGAAGUUGCAGGGGACAAUGCUGGAUCAUCUGGAUUACAACAACAUCAUAAUGAUGGGAGACAUGAACGGGGUCGUGUCAACUAACAUGGACAAGUCGCAAAGUCAAAACAUCACAAAAGAUGGCAGACUACCUAAAACCUUUUUUGAAAUGACUGACAAUAUGGACUUGAUCGACAUUUGGAGAACAAAAACCCACUAG